GUCGUCGUUCAGUCGAUGAUCGAAAAAAUUAAUCAAACGUUUUGGCUGAGCUGUGCGGUCGUCAUACAACACACUCUACAAGAGGAGCGAAAAGUAGUGAAAAAGUGCGAAAUACGCAGAGAUUCCAGGCUUCACCGUAAUCCAGAUAGUGAGGAACGUCGGUUCAAAGAACCGGAAAGUGUCGCAAGGCCGAAACGCGGACGUUUUUGUGGUUCCGCCCGGAAAGAAAAACGAAGCCUGUGCGCCGUAUAAUCUGUUGAUUUUUUCUUCUUUCGCUACCGCGGUCGUAACAAUAUUCCGGAACACGGUACGGAAAUCGUCUCGUGCGGGGUUUUGGUCGUCGCCGUUUACCGUCUUGUGAGGACAGAGGGAGCCAGAAGUUAGGAAGUAGCAGCCGAUAGAAGCGAAAAACGUCACACACAAAAACAAUGGAGAAGAGAAUAGCGCUGGAAAAACGCGGACUUCCAGAUGAUAAGAUCACCGAGCUUAUUCUGGACAACUGCCGCAGCACCAGCAUUGAAGGCCUUACCGACAGCUUCACAGCACUGGAAGUGCUCAGUCUCAUCAACGUCGGACUGGUGUCGCUGAAGAACUUCCCCAAGCUACCGGCCCUACGCAAGUUGGAACUGUCGGACAAUCGGAUUCAGAACGCCCUCAGUCACCUGACCGGUAGCCCCAAACUGACACACCUGAACCUGUCCGGCAACCGGAUCAAGGACUUCGAGGAGCUGCAACCGCUGAAGGAGCUGGAGAACCUCGAAGUGCUGGAUCUGUUCAACAACGAGGUCACAAUGACCCAAAACUACCGGGACAAAAUCUUCGAGCUGAUCCCCUCGCUGAAGUACCUGGAUGGAUUCGACCGAGAAGACGCCGAGGCACCUUCAGAUGAAGACGACGAAGCGAACGGCGGCACCGGAGAGGAAGAUUAUAGGGCAUGUUUCUCCAUCAACGGCAUCGACAUCGACCUGGACGAACUGGAAGCUUUCGAGUCGCGUCUGAAACAGAAGCGAGCAGAGCCUUCGAGCGAAGUCAACGGUCUUGAGUCCCGGCUUGGUCAGCUAGAACUGAGAUCGGACGGAGAUGAUGCCGAUGUGGUGGCGUCCCAAGAAGUGGCACCCAAAGACGAUUUAGACUUGCUGUACGAGGAAAUUCAGAGGAGGCGAAAAGACGAAGAUGAGCAACGGCAACAAUCCGGUCCAGUAGUCUCGUUGGGAUCGCUUCUGUUGGCCUUUCUUUCCCUACUAGCCUUUAUCAAUCAGAUCUGCUACGUGCAAGGCAACCGGCAGCAACUGAUAGAGCAUGAUUCCGACCUGGACCCAUCGUCCGACUACGAUGAAGAAGAGGACGAGGACGGCAACCUGGUUUCGUUAGCAGAUGUGUACAAUGAAAAUCUCGAAGAGGACGGAUCAGAUUGGAACGAGGAGGACGGCGAAGACGACGAAGACUUUGACGAUCCCACCGACGAAGAUGAAGAUGAUGGCGAGGGUGAAGGUGAAGGUGAGGGCGAGGGUGAAGUCGCAGCAGAGAACGCCGGAUCAGACAGUGAAGCUGGAGAAGAAUCUGAAGCCAGGGGAAAGAAGCGAAAACUCGAGGGCAAUGACGGUUAAGCCGUGUCCCUUUCCCAAUAAAAAAAGAACAUCCCCUUUUACUUUAAUUAUUGAUAAUGGUAAGGAUAAGUUUUGACUGUAAGGAUACAAAAUAUUAUAAACUCUCCGCAAGGAAAACCAAGUAUAAAUGAAUCCCCCAAAACAACACAAAUUUACAGUAAAUCCUAAACCGGUAGCAAAAUAGAACAGAAAAUCUUACACGCAGCACUCACACCUCCCCCACAAAAGCAGUAACUCUUAAAGCAAGUUCACAGUCAGACAGUGAAUGGUCACACAUGGAUCAAAAAGAAAGAGAGAGAAGGGAGUCAUGCACCACUCCGGUUGAGACAAAAAGUUUAUACAGGAACACGCCUGUGACUGGGUGCGAUUUUUACGCACCCACACAGUUUGUAGGGACACGCAGAGAACGCAAAAGAAAGCGGAAUAUUAUUCUAAACAAACUGAUAUGAUUGAAGAAAUCGGGAAGUGAAGAAAUGUACAGUUUUGACUAAAUUUACGCAAACAGUACCUUGAUGAGUUUUUUUUUUCUAUUAUAAAAUCCCCUUGUGUCGUUUCUAGCAGAAAUAGCCAAAAAUCAAACAAGUCAAUAGAUGGGCGCAAGUUUCACUAUUAAUAUUCUGUCGGCUGUGCAGGAACAUUACUCAGAUUCGAAAGCAGCGCUAUGAGCAGUUCGUGCAGAAUACAAUGUAAAAAACGGUAUUGACCAUCGUUUGUUGAAUGUUAACUUAUUAAGUACUCGUGCAUUGUUCGUAUAACAAGAAUUCUCUGAGGUUAUUCAACAAUCUAUUCAUCUUCCUCUGCUUUUUAGCGCUUUCUGUCAGAAUACGUUUCUGUUACUAUCGUCCGGUAAAUAGCAAACCGAUUCUCAGUCUUGUCGCCUAUAGAAGUCUUUCAAUUUAUCUUCUGCUAAUUUACCCUAUUACAAGACAAACUGAGUAUAAGGAACAACAAAAAAUACCCAAUGAGCAACACAGUGUGAAUGGCAAAAAGUAUAUAAUGACCAGAAAACAGUGCUAUAAUAUACAAACACAAACACUCGGGUCCGGUUUCGCUCUAAGGUGGUGAAUAAUUGAAGCGAUAUGAAAAAAAACUACAACCACACCCACACGAUCCAGAGAGAUACAAAAAAAUAGUAAAACAUUUUAAAAAAUGAGUAAAAAUCAACCCAAAAUGUCGGCCACUCGACACGAACGGAAAAUCAAGAUGGAAACAAGAAGCAAAAUUUAUAAAUUAACAGAAAGUAUUUGUUUAAAUAAAAAAAA